AUGUCUUCUACACCGUCGAAUUCGCGGACCUUUGCCGCGAACACAGGGUUGGGACUUAAGCUGACACCCUCGAAUUCUCCAUACCCACGUACUCCACGAUCUCCAAACAAACCCCGCAACUUUUACGAAUCAGGAUUGUCACUGAAGAGGAUAAUUGGCACCACAGUCUCUUCCCCCACCGCAUUCGACAGUCUUUCUUCCUCUCGCAUAUUUGCAUACACCGCUGGUGCGGCAGCUGUUGUUGUCAAUGUUGACGAUACUUCGAAAUACUCCCAGCGAUUCUUCAGAGCUCGCCCCACGGCCAUACCUCUGAAUAGUGUGCCUAAUGCGACAUUGGCACCUUCUACACCUACGAAUACCGCGAAUGAUGGCAGGAAUAGAGCGGUAGCAGCUCUACGAGACUCGGCAUUGCCCUUCUCUCCUUCAACACCACAUACAAGCCUAGAAUGGGGCGAUUCUCCUUCUUCCAAGACCUGGACAAGCAGGGAAAGAAUAAAAGCAGCUACAUGUCUAUCAAUUAGUCGAGAUGGAAAAUUCCUGGCUGUUGGUGAGACUGGCUACUCCCCCAGAGUUCUGAUCUUUUCCUUACAAGACACGUCUUCCGACAUUCCUUUGAGUAUACAAAACGAGCACACAUACGGAGUACGGGCUGUAGCUUUCAGUCCUGACCAGAAGUACCUUGCUAGCUUGGGAUCACCUAAUGAUGGCUUUCUCUACGUCUGGUCGAUUAAUCAGAGAACGGGUGCCUCGAAGUUACAUUCAAGUAACAAGUGCACAAGCUUCGUCAAGCAAAUGAUAUGGCUUGGAAGCAGUAUUGUCACAAUUGGUACACGCCAUGUGAAAAUAUGGCGAGUGGAAGAACCAAGAAGUGCAUCUCCAACCAAACAACGAUUUGCCCUAGACGGCACACCUCUACCAGUAGCUAGCCAACCAGCAUUAAAGACAUUAGCUGGACGAAAUGUUCUGCUUGGGCCCUUGGUAGAAGCUACAUUUACAACGCUCGCCGCCAUAUCUGAACACAAGGCAAUAGUCUGCUCUGAAAAGGGCGACAUCUGUCUUCUCGAUGACAGUGAAGGACAGAAGCUAAUGAAACUUGCGAAUACGGGCUUUGCUAUCACAUGCAUAGCCAUUGAUAUGGAAGCCCGAAGAGUCAGGAUAGGAGGCCGUAAUGGAAAAUUAAAGUCCUUGUGCCUGGAUGACUUACUCACACCAAGCACACCACCGGAGUCCCCAACGCCAAUGACUGAAUCCGUUUCAGGAAGCGAAGCGGGUCAUAUUUGUGCUAUGGGAUAUGCGGCGAGUAGUCUCAUUACGGUUGAUUCUAAGCAUUUGAUCGAAAUCUCCAGCCCUAAUUCGGAUGUUGCAGAUCCCCAGAUGUCGAACACACCUUUCCCGGCACAUGGCGAUUCUGUGCUGGGAGUUCGAUUGUUAUCACCUGAGAACGAGUUGAAGGCUGCAUUUCUCACCUGGUCAGCGAACGGUACCAUUGUGUUCUGGGACUUGGAGGGUUGCGCCAAAUCAUUUCUCAAAGUGGAAGUCGAACAACUACCUGGCACAGAAGAUGAGGUCAAUCAAUGCCAGAUCGUUCGAGCUUCGAAAGGAGCUUCAUAUCUGGUUACUGGAGACAAGUACGGUGUUUUGAGAGUCAUCAAUCCAGUUACGCAGAAGUGCACUUUCGAAGCUAGGGCUCACAUGUCUGAUGUUCAGGAUAUUGCACUGCACGAAUCUGAGGAUGUUACUCUAAUCGCUUCAUGCAGUCGAGAUCGGACCAUCCAACUGUUCAGACUCAUCUCUGAACAAUGGGUCCUCAUCCAGACUCUAGAUGAGCAUUCAGCUAGCGUUUCAAGCCUGUUCUUUGUGGAGAAUGGCGAGAAAUUGAUAUCAUGCUCUACAGACCGUACGAUACACGUUCGACAGCUCGUCAAGAAGGAUGUAGGAGGACAAGAUGUGAUGGGUGCAGUUCCAGUCCGUAUCAUCACUCUAAAAGCAUCUCCUGUCUCUAUGGCAGCUUGCUUUGCGGACCAAAUGGGUAAUUUCGUGGUCUCGAUGCUGGACCGCACAGUGGCUACAUACGAGAUUUCCAGUGGACGACUCAUACAUUCGUUUCGAGCGACAGACAAUGAAGGUCAGGACGCGGUUGUUUUGGAUGCCCUUGUCAUGGGUUGCCCGAGUACGAUUUCAGGUCGACCAACGAUACUGGCAGGAGUUUCGAGUACGGAUAAAUCGGUCAGGAUUUACGACGGGGCCACAGGUUCCUUCCUCGAUCGAGAAUGGGGCCAUACAGCCAGUGUGACGGAUGUGGCGCUUCUAGAAGUUCCAGACUCGGAGCAGAAAACUUUGAUUAGUACUGGCUCAGAUGGUACGAUCAUGAUUUGGGAUCUCUCACCUAGACCACAAGAGCCUGAAGAGGUCCUUACUCUAGCAUCUAAACGUGACGAAUCACCACCAAAGGAUACACCAUCGACUCGGCCGCCUUUGCGAAGAGUAUUAUCGAGAGCUGAGCUAGCAGAAUUCCAACGAGCAUCACCUAUGUCAACCCCAACAGGCAACCGCUCGCCACCACGAAACGUCCGCCGGAAAACAUCUCGCUACGGCCUCUCAUCCCAAUCACCGACGCUCGCCAUCCCACCCGUUCCUACCGUAAACUCAAAACACUUCACCUCCGCCUCAGACGAUUCCUCCAUCCGCCGCGCCACUCGCAACCGUUCCCGCAGUCCCCCACCAUCUCCAAAAGCAAAGGACAUGCGCCGACCCUCCCUCGCAUCACUCGACACCCGAGGCCGCACGAAAUCCGCCGGCAAUGGCAAUUUCUCUGAAUUCGGGACCCUGAACAUGGCUACGGAACAAGCAUGUCGCACCCUCCGCGCCUACCGGAAGAAACUCCUCUCCUCAGAAACCGUCAAGGAAGAAGCGUUGAAGGAAUUAGACCAAGAACUCAGAUUAACGGCUAUGGCGCUAGGAGAAAAGAGUUUGAAGAGCAAGGCUAUUAGCGAGACUGUGUUGACGGGGUUGCUGGAUCAGUAUUCGGAGCGCUUGGUUAGUAUGUUUGACGAGAAGCUGAGGUUGGCGAGGACAGAUUCUUUAGAGCCGGAAGAUGGUGGGGAGAAGGAGAGGCCUAAGACGGCUGGGCCGGUUAUUGAGAGCUCUUCGGAGGGGAAGGGGAAGGAGGUUCCUAAUUCUUGA